ACGAGAACCGUCGAUUGUUUCGCAGCUCUAAAAGAAAGGAAAAAAAAUAGAUAAUAAUAAACCAGAGAAAAGAGAAAAGCAUUAGCUGUAUUGGAUCGGAUCUGAAGCAUUUACCCUUACCAAAUGGGGAACUUUGUGAGCAGGCAGAACGCGGCGGUCGAGGAGGCGGAUCCCAGCACGAACAAUGCGUACAAAUACCCACCUAGAAUGGGCAACUUCUUUGGCACCCACUUCAUCAUGGGCGGAGAGCGCUUCGACACGCCCCAACCGGAAUCGUAUUUGUUCGGAGAGAACGCAGAUCUCAAUUUCCUGGGCAAUCGACCCACGGCCUUCCCGUAUCCCCCGCCGCAAGCCAACGAACCGACAAAGACCCUGAAAAGUCUGGUCAACAUUCGCAAGGAGUCGGUGCGUUUCGUUAAGACCCUGAAUGACAAGAAGAUGAGUGGCGUACUGGACAAGCCAAAGAUGAAGGAAAUAGACCGGGAUCUGGAGAUGGACAAGGAGAAGUCCAAUGUGACCAUCGAGGAUGUGGACGGCAAUGUGCUCUGCUCCAUGGGCCUGGGUGGCGGGGAUGCCGAUAUGGCGCCGCCACCGCCGCCCUGCUCCUACAACAUCGAGUUCACGUUCGACUCGGACGCCAAGUGCGCCAUUACCAUCUACUACUUUUGCUCGGAGGACGUCAGUCCCAGCGGCGUGACGCUGGUGCCGCGCGAGGGUCUUACCUCGGAGACCUACCACUACGAGAAGGGCAUCAACCAGUGUUUCUCGCAGCCAGGGCACGUCUUCAAUCCGCAGCAGAUGCCCGAAGACGAACUGGGCUACAGCCCCGGCCGGGAACAGUAUCCGGUGGCCAUCCACUGUGUGGUGGAGGAGGGCAGCGACGAGUGCCGGCAGUCGCACACCACCAUCUGUGUGAUCGACCACCAUCCGGAGAACGGUAGCUAUGUACUGCGUGCCCUCAAGCAAAAGAUCUUCGUGGAUGGUCUGUGCUAUCUGCUGCAAGAGAUCUAUGGCAUCGAGAACAAGGCGGUGAAUAAGACAUCCCUCGACGAGGAGAUCGACGAUCAUGGUAGCGAGUGUGUCAUCUGCAUGAGUGAGACCAGAGACACGCUGAUACUGCCCUGUCGUCAUCUCUGUUUGUGCAAUUCGUGUGCGGAUUCACUGCGCUACCAGGCAAACAACUGCCCCAUCUGCCGGGCACCGUUUCGGGCAUUGCUCCAGAUCCGGGCUGUCCAGAAGGGGAUUAGCACGCAUGUGCUCCACCAAAACACUCCCACAUCGACGGCCGGGGAGCCGGCGCCGGUGGAUGUGCCGCCGGGCUACAUUCCCGUCUCGCUAAUCGAGGCGCUCAAUGGACCACCGCAGUAUGUGGCCAGGACCAGGACCAGCGAUCACGACAUCACAGACUCCGCCGCCACAGUGGCCGCUUCGACAAUGACCAGUGCCGACAUCAAGGCCACUUCGCCCAUCAAAUCCAGCAGCCAGCGACGGCCCAAGAUCAAAAAGAACGCCUCGACUUGCACGUCGACCAGUGAGGUGGGCACCAUUACAAACCAAUCUGGCGGCGGCGGUGGCGGCAACGGCUCAUCCACACACUCCGUGGAGAUCGAAAGCGAUCCAAAGAAGUCCAGCACGGCCACCUGUACUUCGCCAACAUUGGGGGUAUCCACUUCGCCGGAACCGAAACAGGACAAACUGCAGAUCGUCAAUGAGCGAAAGUAUCCCAGAUCCACGGCUGGGUCCGGUGGCGAUGGUUCCGCAGGCACCGAUGACGAUGUGGACAGCGAGAACGAGAAGCUAUCGCCGCUUCUUUCGCCCGGCAGCAAGAGCAAGAACAUGUCUAGCAAAUCCCUGAAGCAAGUGGUCGCCUGCCUGGAGGCGGAUGAUGUGGAUAAGAGUGGCGGUGGUGAUGGACCGACCGAGGAGUCCAGCCUCAAAAAGGGCUCCUCGCUGAAGCGCACCAAACCGAGGCCAGAACUUAGCGGAGGCGGGGCUCCUUCGCCCUCCGAAGCCACGGCCGAGGACUCGGACUACUACACGCCGGAGGAUACUCAGAACUCGAUAUUGAGCCCACUGUGCCCCACGGAGCGAGCCAAAAGCGGUGAUCCCCUGGGCGCGAUAAGUUGCGGAAAUGGCGGCUUGGGAGUGGGAAGGAGUGCAGGAUCAGUAGGCGGAGCAACUGGAGUGGGACCUGUCGUCGUUGGCUUCAGCAGUGGGGCGAAGAAGAACCUGCACAAGAAGUCCACCUCGGUGGGCAACAUGGUGGGCUCCGGUUCGGUGACUACGGUCGUGGAUUUAAAGUCAAACAACGUGAGCUCCCUUCCAGACAUGUUGGACAGCCCGAUCAGCGGAAACUCGGCCUCUACGCGCAGCUCCAGCGACAGCUACUCCUCCAGCUCGUCCACCAAGCAGCUGCUCAGCUCCAAUCCGACCACCACGGCGGCCAACAUCAUCGUGGAUGACAAGACAGCUCUACAGAAUGCCGUCAAUGUUUAGAGCCGGUCUCAGUUGAAUUUCGCGGAAUUUUAGCGUUUCGUUUUCUCGUUUUAGCCUUGCGUUUACUCUAUUUAUUCGUAGACAUCUAGAUUUAGUUAAAUCAAUGCUGCUUCCCCGCCCGCAGGAAAAAAUAUUAUGAGCAUGAUAAGGAGGGGUAUGAGGAUUGUCAGGAUGAUGAUGAUGAUAAGGAGGAGGAAGGCCACCAGGACACAACACUUAACCAGUAUACAGUAUACACACACCACACACACGGAAAGACACACGUCCCGCAUGCAUGUGUACGUAGUUUAAUCUAGCAUAAUGGCUUGGGUAAAUAACAAAUAAAUAAAAUCCAAUAAACAAUGUCGCCUAGGGCGCUGCAUUCCACAAUAUAAA